AUGAUUCUUACAGGUGUCAGUAUUCGGAAGUGCCAGAUCAACAAUGGCGUCUACCGCUGUGGGUUUGCCCAGAGCCAAGAGGCAUACGACAGCGCCAUCAUAGGACUGUUCCAGGGACUUGACCACGCUGAAGAGAUUCUCAGCAAACAGCGCUACUUGACAGGGAGUCAGGUCACGGAGGCAGACAUCAGACUGUUCACAACCCUUGUCAGGUUUGACAAUGUCUACCACACGCAUUUCAAGUGUAACCGACGUCAGAUUAUGAACUACCCCAACCUGUGGGGAUACACCCGUGACAUGUAUCAGCUCCCUGGGGUGGCAGCCACUGUUGACAUGGAGCACAUCAUGAAGCACUACUACAAAAGCCACAAGACUAUCAAUCCCUUUGGCAUUGUUCCUGUUGGUCCAAGCCCAGACUUCACAGCGCCCCACGGCAGAGCCAAACUAUCAGCGUAGGAUGUCAGAUGUUCCAUAAAGGGAACACAACACAAUCCUGAUGUUUGACAGACACUACACUCAGACUGAUUUGACACAAUCAGCCUAGCAUUCUCACAAAGGGAUAACAGCACUGAAUUUGUUCUCAUUCACAAUACUCCAUUCAGUUCAUAUAUACUGAUAUACUAAUAUACUCUGUGAAGGAGCAAACUUACUUCACACAUAAUGGAGAUUAUAUUUUGCAUAUUAGUUAGUUUUAUAUAUUUUUUACAUACAAAUCAAGCAAUUGUAUGGACACAUUUAUAUAUUCAACACUCUGAUACUAGGAUGCUACAAAUGAAACACUUUGUUUUUGUAGCUUUUUUCGUUGUUUUAAAUUUAUAUAUAUUUGUUGUUUGUUUUGUGUUGUUUUAAAUUACAUAUAUAUGGUUCUUCUUAACAGAUUAACUGUAAGAAGCCAAGUGGUUACAAAAAACAUCAACUGCCUUUCAAAAUAAACACAUUUCAACAUA